AAACAGUUGCGACGCGACUACGAAAUGUAACGGAUGUGCGAGCGGCUCCCCAAAAAGUUUCAAAAUCCCCAAGUUAACUCAAAAACUAUUUGUAUAUACAACACAACUCUUUGAAAAACAACUGGGAAAUUUCAAACAUAAAUUAAAACAAAAGUUAUUGUAAAUACAGUGUCAAAAGAAUUUGUAAAUUAAUUACCCAUCGCAUUUCGCCUUGCGUUGUCGGUUUUUGGCUGCCACGGAGUGUGGGCUAAAUGUUUGGACCUGGAAAAACGUUCAGUUCGGUUCAGUUCCGCUCGGUUGUGUCGGAGGAGUGAAAAGAUUAAAAUUGAAAACUGAAAACUGAAAGGAGAACGGUGUGCGGUAUACGGAGAAGUGCCGUUUGGGUCCUUUUAGUCUUCGGUUUCCGCUUCUUCUGAUAAUUUUAUUGAGUUUUCCGCCUUGUUGAUCACUCGGAAGGAUCGCGCUGUUGAAACAACUAAAAUCUAUUUGAAAACUUCGUGUACACCGAAGCUAGAGCUUUCCUUCAUCCUGUCCUGUCUGUGCUGCGGAUUGGAAGCCGCACUCUCACAGUCUGAGAAGAUCCGUGGCAUGCAGCUUUCAAAGGGAAUCGCAAAUUGAAGGCAGCAGCGCGAACCGAAGCGACUGCGUGGAGGAGGGGGCCACGGCCACGCCACCAUUUUCCGGUAUUUUGAUUUCGAUUCGCGUUAAUUUCCCCUUCGAUUUGUGUUCAUCUGCGGAAACAUUUCGGUUCGCCAUUUAUGGAAUGCCCGAAUAAAACACUCGAAAGUUCAAUACGAGGAAUUUGCUUCGAAUUAAAUUAAAAGUGCGACCGGAACGUAAUUAAAGUCAUUCAAAAUGGCAAUGGAAUGGAUUACUGCGAUGGACAAACGUCCUUGCGAUCGCAACUUGCGUGAUGUGGAGCUAAUCUCGUGCCGCCUGCGUCGCGUGGAACCGCUGUGUCGCCUGCCCGGCUCGGCUCUCCAGCAGUUGGCCAUGUGCGGGUUCUACGAGGACCUGGAGAAGGGCGUCACACUUUUUCGCGCGGGCGAACAGGGACGCUUCUGGUAUGCGGUCCUGGGCGGCUCACUGGAAGUUCGAUACCAUGCACACGCCGAUGCCGAUGGCAAGAGCUCCGUAACAUUGUGCAACCUGGGUGUGGGCGCCACGUUUGGGGAGACCAUACUGCACGACUUGCCACGCGAUAGCACCGUCGUGACGAAGACAACCUGCGAGCUGCUGCGCGUCGAGCAGCAGGAUUUUCGACUCAUUUGGGAGAAGAACAAAGAGUUGAUGAAUGACAUUUUCACCAAUUGCAAAUUGAAGAACGGUUUUGGUCCUAGCGUUCAGCAGACGGCAGCCGCCCCAUCGCCCACCAAGCGCCCACUCAGCCCGGACCACCCCAACCCAGCAUUGCCCAUCACCGAGACACCGAGUCCUGCUAUGAGCCGCAUGGGCUGGGCUCUACGCACAUUACUCGUUGCCGACAACUCAAGCUGCCUGAAGGAUCGCAAGGUUUCGGGAAAGUUAAUACGGAAGUGCGCACCCGGCACUGAGCUCGUCGAUUGGCUGGUCAACCUCGCCCCAAUUGUGCACACCCGCGCCCAGGCGGCGGGCAUGUGGCAGGCCCUGGUCGAGGAAGGCGUUCUCACACAUGUCAACAAAGAGCAGCCAUUCAAAGAUAAGUGCUUUCUGUAUCGAUUCCGGCUGGACGAAGAAGGCGGUGCGCCGGCGGUCGGCAUCCCCCAGGCAGAGGAUCAACACGCGGCCAACGAGCAUAUUCGCGAGGCACUGAGUGCCCUCUUCCAACGUGGCCCGGACGCCACUUUGCGUAUGAUAUUGCGCAAACCCUCUCACGAACGGACAUCGGAGGAACUGGAGCUGGUAUUCGAGGAGCUCGUCCACAUUGCCGCUCUCUCCCAUCUCUCGACCAGCAUCAAGCGGGAGCUCUCAUCGAUAUUCGUGUUCGAGGCUCAUGCCCAGGCGGGCACAAUAUUAUUCAAUCAAGGCGACGAAGGACGCUCCUGGUACAUCCUCCUCAAAGGGUCUGUGGAUGUUGUGAUACACGGCAAGGGAACUGUGGCUACCCUGAAGACGGGCGAUGAUUUUGGAAAGCUGGCCUUGAUUAACGACGCACCCAGAGCUGCUACCAUUGUACUCAAGGAGAACAACUGCCAUUUGCUGCGUGUGGACAAGGAGCAUUUCAACCGGAUACUGCGCGAUGUGGAGGCCAAUACAUUGAGGUUGCAGGAGCACGGCAAGGAUGUUUUAGUGCUGGAGCGUGUGGCCAAGCAACGUGGACAGCAUUCGGCAUUCAAAUACACGGUCAUGUCGGGCACACCGGCCAAGAUGCUGGAGCACUUACUGGAGACCCGGCUGGGUCAGUCCGUUGGUGGUAUGGAUCCCUUCCUGGACGACUUUCUGCUCACCCACAUUGUAUUCAUGCCCGUGGUGCAGCUGGUUGAUGAACUGGCCAAUUACUUCCAUUGCGAUACCCAUGAGGACGCCCAGACACCGGAGGAUCGUGAGUAUAUAGUCAACUUUAAGAAGCGCGUCAUCCAGUUCAUGCAGAAGUGGGUCAUGGCCGUGCGGCAUGCGGCCUUCGAGGAGCCCAGUGUGUGUGAUUUCAUCGAGGACCUGGCCGCCGAGGUGGAGGCUGAUCCCGAUCUCAACGAGGAGACCAGCAUAGUGCACAAUGUGCUUACCCAGAUGGCUCGCUACCAGGAGGAUCGCAACCAGAAUGCCGGACAGAAAUGGAAGUUGCCACCGAAUGGCCAACCCAUUUGUCUGUUCAGUGGCAAUGCAACGCCCUCAAAGACGGUGAUACGGCCGGACGACGACAUCAUAUUCCGGGUAUACUGCGCCGACCACACAUACUGCACCCUGCGCUUCCCCAUGCACACCACGGCGGAGCUCAUCAAGGCCUGUGCCGCCGACAAGCUGCAGCUGAAUCGUGGACCCGAGGACCUGUGCCUCGUCGAAGUCAGGUCGAACGGAGAGCGCUCCGUGUUUAAGGAUAACGACGUCAGUAUACCCACUGGCCUCUCGCUCAACGGCCGUCUGUUUGUCUCCGUCAAGGAUCAUCUGGAUGCCUUGACACAGCUGCAGGAGCAGGAGUGCCCCACAGAGGGUGUAGACAUCGAUUUGGAAAUACUGAGCACCAAGGAGCUCGCCUACCACAUCACCCUCUUCGAGUGGGAUCUGUUCUAUGCCGUGCAUGAAUAUGAAUUGCUCUAUCACACCUUCGGACGCCAUCACUUCGGCAAGAUCACGGCCAACUUGGAUGUCUUUCUGCGUCGCUUCAACGAGGUUCAGUACUGGAUUGUCACCGAGCUCGUGUCCACGCCCAGCCUGAGCAAGCGCGUGGGUCUGGUCCGCAAGUUCAUUAAGCUGGCAGCCUAUUGCAAGGAAUACCAGAAUCUGAACGCCUUCUUUGCUGUGGUGAUGGGCCUUUCGAAUAUGGCCGUGUCGCGGCUGCAGCAAACCUGGGAAAAGAUACCGUCAAAGUUCAGGAAAAUCUUUCAGGAGUUCGAGGCCCUCAUCGACCCCAGCCGCAACCAUCGGGCUUAUCGCGUGUUUGUGGGCAAGCUGCAGCCGCCCCUGAUACCGUUCAUGCCUCUGCUGCUGAAAGACAUGACCUUCGCCCACGAGGGAAACAAGACCAGCCUGGACGGACUCGUGAACUUUGAGAAGAUGCACAUGAUGGCCCAAACGAUGCGCACCAUACGCUUCUGUCGCUCCAGAAGUUUGGGACUGGAGCCGCCAUCACCCAAGAGCGAGGGCGAGGUGCGCUCCUACAUCAGCAGCUUUCGGGUCAUCGACAACCAGCGAGUGCUCACGGCCAUGUCGCAGAAGGUGGAGCCCACCAGGAAGCUAUAAGCAGAUAGCAGAUAAAAUAUAGCCCAGAUAUAGCAGAUCGUAUUAGCCAGUAGAGAGAGUACUUAAGUGUCUAACCAAAUGUGUGUGUUAAGUGUUAAUCAACCAGCAAUCUGCAAUUAGCUGCACAGAUACGAGCUUAGCUGUUGCUGCCCAGAACCGCGGUCUCGACAACAGCCCCUUGCAAAACUUCUGUUUGCAUUCGCAUUCGAAUUAGCCUAGGCUAAGUAGAGUAUUUAUGACCCAACUAUGGACUAUCUAAACUUUCAAAUGAACUGAAACCCAACCCAACCCAAAAGGCAUUUCAAUGCGAACCACAAACUUUUUGCUUUAGUACAAAACGAAACGAAACGAAAUGAAACAAAACCACAAAUUUGACAUUCGGGGCAAUGGAAUCAGGAGUCCCAGUGGAGGCCGAGAGAAGAAUAUACAUACAUUGUUAAUACAAAACAAACAAUGGACGAGUGUGAUACUAAACAUUUAGAGGAGACGACAUCAAAACCAACAGCACUAAAACUGCAUAACUUCCUACCAACUUUUCUACGUACAUACAUCUACAUAUAUCUAUAUCUAUAUCCUACGCAAAGUAUUUUGUAUAAACAUACUACAACAGAGCAUGGAAUCUAUUUUUUUAGAACCCUUAAACUACAACUAUUACACAGUCUAGUUGAAGCUAGUUAUUAACAUUUAAGCCUAGAGGAUAAGUUAUCUAAUUUGUAAUUUCGGACUUUCGUUUUCAUUCAGUAAUUCUCGAUACCAUACUUACGCCCUAUUUAGCGUGAGUCGCAAAUAAAAUACCCAUACAUUUAUUAAUAUUUAUUUACACAACACUUAAUUGUUUCAUUUUGUACAUAGUUCAGAGUUUAUUUUGCGUUAAAUUAGCCAAAGAAAAAUGAAUACAUGCAUGUAAAAGUGCAAUAAAAUAAUUAACACUGGAGAGGGACCUUACUAGCUGUAGAAAUUAGUAAUAUAGUAUGUGAAAGACCACAAGAAUCGGUUCACAUGUACAUAAAUAUAUAUUUAAAGUAAUUACUUUGAAUUGAACAGCUCCCGAUGUGAUAUCUGGUAAUCCAGCUCAUAUCAGAUAUCAUGGGCGGGUUGAUCUUUUGGUAAGACAUCGUAGUUAAUUCUAGAAUCGUAGUAGCCGUAAAAACUCCAACUCCUCUCCCAAGUAAAGGUCUCUCAAACAACGAUAUAACACUUAACCUACCACAAAUCCUAUACGUAUUGUAACCAGAACUUUGACCAUGAUGCAUAGGAUAUAUGUCGUGUAUAUGUAUUACAAAAUAUUUGUCCUUCUUUUGCAUAAACAACUAUAAUCCAAGACAUCAGCAGUAUCCAGUGGUUUCUCCCCCAGUAAACAAAAAAAAAA